AUGGACGCCACAUACAACAAGGAGACUGCCGGUCAUCAUAAAGAAGGCCUCGAGCCGUCGGCAAAUCACGAUGCUGAAGGUAGUAAUAAGGACGAAAAUGACGACGCGACAGCCACCAGCACCACUACUGCCACCGGCGCAGCCCCUGUACCCGGACCGGGACCAGGAGCAGGAGCAGGACAACACGAUGCACCGCCAGCACCAGCCGAACCCGAAGCGUCGCGCACCAAGCUGCAGACAACACUGAUCAUCGCCGCUCUCGGCUCAGCUCUCUUCCUGGCCGCGCUCGACGUGACCAUCGUGACGGUCGCCGUCCCCACCAUCGCGCUCGAGUUCCAGUCCACGGCCGGGUACACGUGGAUCGGGUCGGCGUACAUGCUGGCGAGCGCCGCGGCCGCGCCCAUGUGGGGGAAAGUGUCAGACAUUUGGGGCCGGAAGCCCCUCAUGCUUGUUGCUGUUGCGGUUUUCUGGGUUGGGUCGUUGUUGAGUGCGGUUAGUAGGAACAUGGGCAUGCUCAUUGCUGCGAGGGCGAUUCAGGGGGUGGGUGGGGGCGGGAUUGUGAUUUUGGUUAAUGUUUGUAUUAGUGAUCUGUUUUCGAUGAGGAGAAGAGGAGUCUUCUUUGGCGUCAUGGGCAUGGUCUGGGCCAUCGCAUCAGCGAUCGGGCCCGUCCUGGGCGGCGUCUUCACGAGCAACGUGACGUGGCGGUGGUGCUUCUACAUCAACCUGCCCAUCUCCGGGCUCGGCUUCGCUAUCCUGGCCUUGGUGCUCAAACUGCACAACCCGCGCACGCCCAUGCGCCAGGGCCUGGCCGCUGUCGACUGGCUGGGGUCCGUCACCAUUGUCGGCGCCACCCUCAUGGUCCUCUUCGCCCUCGAGUUUGGCGGCGUCACCCACCCCUGGAAUUCACCCAUCGUUGUAUGCCUGCUGGUUUUUGGCAUCGUGACGGCUGCCAUUUUCGUCAUCCUUGAGUGGAAGGUGGCCGAGUUCCCCAUCGUGCCGAUGCACCUCUUUAGGAAGCGCUCCCGUGUCGCCUCGCUGGGAGUCACCGCCCUCCACGGCCUCGUUUUCAUGUCCGGUAGCUACUAUCUCCCGCUUUAUUUUCAGGCGGUUCUUGGCGCCUCGCCAUUGCUGUCGGGCGUGUAUGUUCUUCCCUUCGUCAUGUCCCUGUCCCUCGUGUCGGCAGCAACGGGCAUCAUCAUCAGGAAGACGGGCAAAUACUUCCCCUGCAUUAUCUUUGGCAUGACGGUCAUGACGCUCGGUUUUGGGCUGUUUAUCGACCUCGAAGUGCGUCCCAAUUGGGCCAAGAUCGUCCUCUACCAGAUCAUCGCUGGCAUCGGCGUCGGGCCGAACUUCCAGUCUCCCCUGAUUGCGCUGCAGUCGACCGUCGAGCCUCGUGACAUGGCCUCGGCCACAGGUACUUUCGGAUUUGUGCGGCAGCUGUUCACCUCCAUCUCCAUCGUCGUCGGCGGCGUCGUGUUCCAGAACGGCAUGCAGAAGCAGUACCCGCGGCUGGUCGAAGAGAUGGGCCCGGAUGCCGCGAACCUUCUAUCGGGUGGUAACGCCGCGUCCAGCGUCGGCCUUGUUGACCGGCUGCCUGAGCGGCAGCGCGAGAUAGCGCGCGACGCGUACCUCCAGAGCCUGCGCACCAUGUACAUUGUGUUUGUGGCACUCGCUGGAGCAGGUCUAUUGCUCUCUUUCCUGAUCGGUCAACACACGCUGAGCAAGGACCACCAAGAGCACAAGACAGGACUGGACCAAAUGCGGUUAGCAAAGCAGGAGCGUGCCGCCGAAACUGCCAAAGGCAUGGUGACGGACGAAGAGAAUGGGGAUGCAUCCCUGCAGUCUCAAGAUAAGUCCGAGACGAGGGCUUAG